AUGCCUAGCGUGCUGUUCUCCGAUCUUGCUACUUCGAUUAUGCCUUUGACCUUCUACGAAAUAGUGGUGGCAGCCUUGCUCCGUUGUUCGAAUAAUACUGGAAGUUGUCUUGACGUCUUCAAUAUCAUUAGGAAGAUUUGCCCAGAGAAAUACAGUCUCAGGAAUGCCAGACAAUGUGUUCGCAAGAUUUUCAUUGAAUCUCUAUAUAUUGAGAGAGUCAAAAACACUGACAAGUAUCGUUUGCGAGACGGCUGGCAAUAUGAAUUACCAUGCAUUAUCAUCGUAAACGGGAUGGAGUAUCACGUCGCUACUAGAACCUGCAUCGAAUGGAUGAGAUACCUGCAUACGAUAACACGUACCAAACCAGUCAUCCAACCUACAUCACCCAUCAAACACUGGGACUUGGAUUGCAAAGCAGGGACACAGUUUGUACCGACGACUGAAAAUGGAAAACGACUUGGUGUUGAAAAACCAAGAACUUUUGAUAUUGAACCUGUACCAUUGAGCCGGAAAUGUCGGAUGUUUUCUAUCGAUGAACUACUUAAAUCAAAAGCAGAGGAGUCGGAUUGUCUUCAUUGUCCUGAUAGUCCGCCAGAGGUGACCAUCUACGUUUGACAUCGUGGUGUGUAACGGGCCAGGCAUCAUCUAGAACAGGCUUAUAUUAUGUAGGUGUAACCAAAAUUGACACUUAAGCAGUAUAAUCUAGAACAAAGAAAUUAUCUUUAUUUUUUUAAUUUCUAAUGUGAGUUUAUCGAUAUACUGAAGAUAAGAAUAUCAUUUUAGCAAUAAAGAUUAAACUAUAACAAUCUAUAUUGUAUAUAAGAGUAAAGUAAUUUGAACCAAUUAAGGUGUGUUACGUUUUCUAGCGUUUUGAUAGUAUUAAAAUAUUAUAUGUUUCUAAACCGUUACAAGCAUAGCAAAAUAUCUCGGGUAGCUGUACACAAUAAUUUAUACAAUGUUUUUAAGAUUUCAUAAAUGGAACAAUUGUAUCUAAAGAUGAUG